UGUUUUUAUGCACAUUAUUUGGCCACAUCGCUGACGCAGACUGACCAACAAAUAAACAAUACAGUUAAGAGCUCUUAAUAAAUAUUAAAAAACAAAUUAAAAUGCGCAAAACAUGGGUGAAACGCGAGAAUAUCUACUACAAACCAUUCUACAAGGACAAAUCCAAAAUGUUUUUGCUGUUAAUAUUUUUGGUUGGAAUCUCAUUCAUUGCCUAUCAGGCUUUCUCGCUGAAUCAGUUGCCCAGCGUUCAGCAGCUGCGACGCAAACACAAACAAAUGAUGCAGUCUCUGGGCAGCAAACAGCUGGAUGUGGAUGACUUUGAUGGCGGAGGCGGUGCCGGAUGGGGUCUUAAUCUAGCUGUGCCUGCCACCCAAGAUGUAGACGCUAUUAAGAUUAUACGCGGCAUACGGCUCUUCGACUAUGAUUCCUACAAGCCCAAUUAUAAAGGCAAUUUCAAGUGCCUGGAUGGUAGCAAGGAGAUUCCGUUUGACCAUCUCAAUGACAACUAUUGCGACUGUGAUGCUGAUGGCAGCGAUGAGCCGAGCACGAAUGCCUGCGCCAAUGGGCGUUUUUAUUGCAAAUACCAAAAAAGACAUAUCACGGGACGUGGCCUGGACGUCUGGGUUUGGGCGUCUCGGGUGAACGACAACGUUUGUGAUUGCUGCGAUGGCAGCGACGAAUGGACGACACAUGCCAAGUGCCAAAAUAAAUGUGCGUAGCUUUUCUUAGGUGCAGCUAAGCAGACCACCGGGCGCAGAACUCCACUUCUAUCUCAUACGCAUCUCAAAGAUUACUAUAUUAGUGUUAAAAUCGCAUCACAAAAGAUAUUUUUUGUAGAACAUUUUUGAUUACGAUUACGAUAAACUUGUAGUUUAUUUAAAAAAAAAAAAAAAAAAUAA